GCCCCUAUAAAAUGUCGUAUUUCAAAUAAAGUCUCCAAAAUUUCCCAAAUCCUCAAUCCUAACCCAAACGACAGUGAGAAGAAGCGAAGGAACAACUCGAACCAUAAAAAAAAACCAAUACAGGUGUGUGUGAAUUUGUGCAGAGCAAGAAAUCAAUGGCGGAAGGAGGGGAGAAGAAGGAGAAGAAGAGGGUUGUGGUGGAGUCGUUAGGAUGGCUAACGGAAUCCACCAUCAUGCCCAAAAAGAUCCGACCAAUUGAAGGCGUCGGUGCUUCUUCCAUCCUUGAGCUUAAAGCCCAAUUAUACAAAUCUCAAGAAGAGGCCAAACGCGUCGCCAAAGAGACCGUCCACCCUUCUGCUGCUGACCCCAAUUAUUCCCAUCUAGAGAUCCAUCGUGCCAAGAAGAAGAUAACUGCCAAGAACGUUUUUUCGUCUAAGAAUCAUGGGGUUGAUGCCAGAGAGGCCAAGGACAAGCUUGAGAUGAAAGCAAUCAAGGACGGUUCUGUAAGCUAUGCUGCCUUAGAACGAAAGGCUAAGUUAUAUGAUAAGCUGGUGAGGGGUGAGCUUUCUGAUGGGGAGGAGGAAGAGAAGUACUGUGUUGACUUCUUUCGGAAGGGCCAGGAGCAGGAAGACUCUGAGCAGCUUCAACGGCAUGACAUUUCUAACACAGAACCAAGAGAUGAAGAUGCCUCCCUACUAUCAGACACAAAAGCUGCAGGACUUGGCCAAGCUGGCACAUUCGACCGAAGUGAACAUAAGCGCUUUGUAAUGGAAAUUCAUAAAGAAGCAAGUCAAGCAAGGGAAAAAGCAUCAGAACUCAAGCUACGUAGGCAAGAACAAGUUGCAACACGUCGAGAAAAACUAAAGCAGGCUUAUCUCCGCAAGCAGAUUGAGAAAUUGAAGGCUUCCAAGACAGAGCAAACAUAGACCAGAGGAGCGUUCCUUAGACUUCAUUGUGAUUGGUGACACCAUGCUAUUUGGAAGAAUUUCGUCAUCUUUUACAUUCUGGAGUAUUGUGUGUACACCAAAUUUUCACCCGAAUAUAAGCUUCAGGUUUAUUGUAGUCUCCAAACAACGCCGGUAGACUAGCAUGGGUGUUUUGGGCCUUAAUGACCGUGUAUUUGUUAUUAGUCGAGAAAAAAAUUGAAGUGGUAUGCAGUCAUAUUGGCAAUUAACUGAGUUUUCGGUGUUGAUUUUUUGUUUGUGUUAAUGAACUUACUUACAAGUUUUUGAACAUAUUUGACAAUGUAUUUUAAUUUUUUUUCCCUAUUGCAUAGGGGAAUGUAGUAGGAAUUACCUUAUGGAAAACUCUCGCUGAUACUACUUGUACUAGACUAUAAGCCUUGGUGUUCUGGCAAUGCAUUGAAUUCUAGAUUGUUGGAAUAUAUGUCAAAUAUUUUUUAAGGCA